CUCCCAUCCACAUCUGCUCAGUGGUCAAUCCAUUUAAUGCAGUCCCCGCUGCUGCGCUGCUCUCGCUCGCCUCGUUUCAGCCGCCUCCCCUGCCCCGUCUCUCUUCCCGCCCUCUCCCGCUGCACAGGUGAUGUCAUUCUUUUUCAGCUGGAUUCCCCUCCCUUCCCCUGCCUCUCCUAGCUCCCACUCUCUCCUCCGCUUCCCAUUAGCGGCUGACUCUUCUCCGUGCAGCAUCCGUCCACGGCGGCUUCUCUCUCCAAGGCUGGGGAGGGGGAGGAGGAACACCGGCGUGAGGUGCGAGCUUUGGCCACUGGAUGGUUGGGGUUUACCGGAGCGGGAUCGCUGGGAUCUGGCAUGGAGCUGCACGCCGCCGCUCACGUUUCCAUCGCUGGAGCUUUAUAGAGUUGCAAAGAGACGAAGGAAGGAGUUUGUCAGAUCCAGAUGAUUCAAGCCUUGUGGACUUGAACCCUGGCAUGAAGUUUUUUCCAGCUUCUUGCUGGAUCUUUAGCAGGACAAAACUGACUUAAUAGCCUUUUGAUAAAAGUUUGCCAGGUUUAACAAAUUUUUGUUUUCCUACUAGAACUUUCUUGCUUAAGUAGAGAUUUGCAAACUUUGGUUCUGCCUUGACUUGAACUACCUAAUUAAUACGGACGUCUUUUUUUAAACGCAUCUGGACGGUUCUGUUGCAGCAGGAAGAGAGAGAAAGAGUGGCGUCAGCCGUCCCCCUCUUCUCUUACUUAUUUAUUUCUUUCCUCAUCCUUUCGCCGAAUAAGAGGGGAAACUUCCCCCUCUCCGGCUCCCUCCCGCUCGUGGAAAUGGCUUUCCUGGUCCGUUGCUAUGCCAACUGCUUGCAGCCGUGGUCCUCCAAACUUCCUGCCGAUCUCAAUAAGAUGCACCUGACAGACCACGCCCAUCAGCAGGUGAUGCACAUGGCGCCUAGCCAAUCAGGGUGCAGCAUCACCAGCGACUCAGGCAGCAGCAGCUUGUCGGACAUUUACCAGGCCACAGAGAGCGACCUGGGAGACGUGGAUCUGUCUGGACUGCCAGAGGCUCCAGUGGACAGCGAGGAAGAGGAGGAGGAGGAUGAAGACCUGGAGAGAGCGUCAGACGGACUUCUGGGCCGGGACCUGGUCCGAGAGUGUCUGGAAAAAGACCCAGCCGACCGCAACGAUGAUGACAUCGAACAACUGCUGGAGUUUUUGCACCAGCUGCCUGCGUUCGCCAACAUGACCAUGUCCGUACGACGAGACUUGUGCAGCGUCAUGGUGUUUGAGGUGGUGGAGCAAUCUGGCACGGUCAUCCUGCACAACAAACAAGAGCUCGACCACUGGUAUGUGAUCUUGAACGGAGCCGUGGAGAUCAGCCAUGCAGAAAGCCGAACAGAGACUCUUUGUAUGGGGAACAGCUUUGGCAUCUCGCCCUCACUGGAUAAGCAGUACAUGAACGGAGAAGUUCGCACCAAAGGAGAUGACUGCCAGUUCGUCUGCAUCGCCCAGGAGGAUUACUGGCGCAUCCUCAACCACGUGGAGAAAAACACGCACAAGGUGGAGGAGGAGGGGGAGAUCGUGAUGGUGAAGGAGCAUCGCGAGUUGGACCGCAGCGGCACCAGAAAGGGACACAUCGUCAUCAAGGGAACUCCAGAGCGUCUGAUCAUGCACCUGGUGGAAGAGCCGUCGGUGGUAGACCCCACCUACAUCGAGGACUUCCUGCUGACCUACAGGACCUUCCUGUCCAGUCCCAUGGACGUUGGCAGGAAACUGCUGGACUGGUUCCAGGUGGACUGCUACCGGGACACGGUGACGAGAAUAGUGCUGCUUUGGGUCAACAACCACUUCAACGACUUUGAGGGCGACUCGGCCAUGACGCUCUUCCUGGAGGAAUUUGAGAAACAUCUAGAAACAUCAAAAAUGAAGGGUCAUCUGAGGUUGCUGAACAUUGCAUGCGCAGCCAAGGCGAAGUGGAGGCAGAUCACGCUGCAGAAGGCAUCCAGGGAGUCGCAGCUGCAUUUCAGCGUGCAAGGAGGCAGCGAGAGAGGAUUCGGCGUCUUUGUGGAGUCGGUGGAAGAAGGAAGCAAAGCGGCAGAGACCGGACUCAAGCGGGGGGAUCAGAUCAUGGAGGUUAAUGGUCAGAACUUUGAGAACAUCGGCUUGUCCAAAGCAGUGGACAUCCUGAGGAAUAACACACACCUUUCCCUCACCGUGAAAACCAACAUCUUUGUGUUCAAAGAGCUGCUGAGCAGGAUCAUGCACGAAAAGAAAAACGGUGGCCCUCACAUUCCUAAGAUCCAGGAGAAAAAAGGCAACCGCUUCUCCAUCGCCGACUUCUCCGGAGACAUCGAGUUCCCCACGGACAGCAAAAGCACCCGGAAGAUGAAAGCGAACACCGUGUCGGGGGGACGCAACAAGAUCAGGAAGAUGCUGGAGAAAACGCGCUUCAGUAUACUACCACCCAAACCAUUCAGGGGCCUGUUUGGUGACGGCGGCCUGGGUCAGAGUCAGGAUGACAGCAUCGUGGGCACCAAACAGUGUCGUCACAGCGUCGCCAUCAUGCCCAUUCCUGGAAACCUGUCGUCAAGCAGCCCUGACCUGCUGCAGCCGGCGACCAGCGUACUCGACUUCUCCAACCCCUCCGCUCUUGGAUUGUACUACAUCCCAGACCAGGUUAUCCGCGUGUUCAAGGCAGACCAGCAGAGCUGCUACAUCAUCAUCAGCAAGGACAUGACGGCCAAGGACGUCGUCACACACACUGUCAACGAGUUCAGCCUCCCGGCGCCGCCGGACACCUACUCCCUGUGCGAGGUGUCCGUCAGCCCAGAGGGGGUCAUCAAGCAGCGCCGGCUUCCCGACCAGCUCUCCAAACUGGCCGACCGGAUUCAGCUGAACGGCAGAUAUUACCUGAAGAACAACAUGGAGACGGAGACGUUGUGUUCAGAUGACGACGCUCAGGAUCUCCUCAGAGAGAGUCAGAUCUCCCUGCUGCAGCUCAGCACCAUGGAGGUCGCCGCCCAGCUGUCGAUGAGAGACUUUGAACUCUUCAGAAACAUCGAGUCCACAGAGUAUGUGGAGGACUUGUUCAAGCUGGACUCGUCUGCUGGGUGUACAAACCUGAAACAGUUUGAGGAGGUGAUAAACCAGGAGACCUUCUGGGUGGCUACUGAGAUCCUGAAAGAGCCAAACACCCUGAAGAGGAUGAAGACCAUCAAGCACUUCAUCAAGAUCGCUCUGCACUGCAGAGAGUGCAAGAACUUCAACUCUAUGUUCGCCAUCAUCAGCGGGCUGAACUUGGCACCGGUGGCCCGGCUGCGAAGCUCCUGGGAGAAAUUGCCCAGUAAGUAUGAGAAGCUCUUUGAGGACCUGCAGGACGUCUUCGACCCGUCCAGGAACAUGGCCAAGUACCGCAACGUGCUGAGCAGCCAAAGCAUGCAGCCGCCCAUCAUCCCGCUGUUUCCUGUGGUCAAGAAGGACCUCACCUUCCUGCACGAAGGCAACGACUCCAACGUUGACGGCCUUGUGAACUUUGAGAAGCUGCGGAUGAUCGCGAAGGAGAUCAGACAUGUGGUGCGGAUGACCUCGGCCAACAUGGACCCCGCCCUCAUGUUCAGACAGAGGAAGAAGAGGUGGAAGAGUUUAGGGUCUCUGAGUCAAGGCAGCACCAACUCCAACAUCCUGGACGUUCAGGGUGGAGCCCAUAAGAAGCGCGUGCGCCGCAGCUCCCUCCUGAACGCUAAGAAGCUUUACGAAGACGCCCAGAUGGCCAGGAAGGUGAAGCAGUACCUGUCCAACCUGACGGUGGAGACGGAUGAGGACAAACACCAAAUCAUGUCCCUGCAGUGUGAGCCGUCUUACAACACAUUGGGUAAAAACCUGAGCGAGAGGCGGGCGAACAAGUCGGACAUGUCUCCGGUGUCCCUCAGGGCGACGUUACCCUCAGGGAAAACUCAGAACAGGGUGUCACAAGUCCUGCAGGUCCAGGUGCCUCUGAACCCUCUGAGGAAGAAGAGCACCGCCAAGGACAACAGCGCCUCCAACUCAAAUUCUCCGCAGGUGGUGAAGAAACCUUCAGCGAACCCGUCGGAUGAGUGGAGCGCCAAGAGGCCGUGUGAUGACACCGUUUCCACCGUGUCGUCGCUCCACUCCAGCCCCACAGUGUCGCCUCAGGGCUCGCCACGCAAAGUGGGCGGCGCCGCAAAAUCGCAGAACUCAAGCCAGAUGAACUUAUCGGGAUCCUCGUCGUCGCUGACCAGCGACGCCAGUACAAAGACGGGCACCAUCAGUCUGCGCAGCUACGGCAUAGGUUGUCCCCUCCUCCCUUCUGCCAAAUCGGACAACCUGUCGGACUCCAGUCACAGCGAGAUCUCGUCCCGCUCCAGUAUCUGCUCCGUGGACUCGGCGCAGGCCUCCGGACCGGACGACCGCUGUAACCGGGCCGGUUCCGGUACCGCUGCCACCGUUGCUGCUAAUGCUACGGCCGCGACGGCUGCUGUGGUCGCUGAGGGCACAGCGGCAUUAAAUGCACACUUAACUGCUGAUUACAGCCAGCCCAGCACAAGCUCUUCAGUCGUGGCUCGAGGAGGACAUGCAGCGCGACCUUUCACCUCUUCCCUCUCCACGGAGGAGCUGACCCCGGACCACGCCUCCUUGUCCCUGGACUCGGUGGUGGACAGCGGCCGCGGCAGCUGGACUUCCUGUUCCUCCAACUCUCACGAAUCCUUCCAAAUCCUCCCCGCCUCGUCCUGCCGGCCCUGGGACCACGGCAUCCACGGCCACCCGCUCUCCCUCCCCCACACGCACCUGAGCGGCUUCAAACUCCCGCUGCUGGGCCGGACGAUGGCCGAGGCGGACGCCGCCGGGCCCUCGUGGGCCGGCGACGCCGCCGGCCGCCUCACCAGAGAGUCCAGCUCAGAUCUGAGCGUUGCGGCGCGGGAGAGCCGGACGUCGUCGGGCUCCCUGUCGGAUAACUACGAGGGGAAUUACGGAACGAUAAAGCGGCGAAACGCCUCGGAGCUUCCUUCCUCGCCAGCCAACGAGGAAGGAGGGCAAAGCGCAGACGCCUCGUACAAAACGGUGACGUCGAGCACAGAGAAGGGCCUGAUAGUGUACUGUGUCACGUCCCCCACUAAGGAUGAGCGUUACCGAGCUCCCCCUCCCACCCCUCCAGGCUACCAGGGUCUGGCUCUGGGCGACCUCGGGGUCGCAGACGGAGUAGGCGGCGGGCCGGGGUCUCCCGCCCCCCGACCUCCUCACCUCAGACCUCCAGACUACAGCGUGGCCCUGCAGAGGAGCAAGCUCCUGCAGAGCCCCGGUGCGGCCAGCGGGCUGGCCGAGGCGCGGAGGCUUCACCUCCGAACGGCCAGCCCCAUUCAGGGCCAGUCCAGACCGCCCAGCCUCGUCCCCCCAGCGCAGGACCUGGCUGACAGCGAGGAUGAUGAACAGGUGUCGGCGGUGUGAACUCAUCAGCCGGGGGUCAUCGUGUGACCUCUGACCUCUGGACUUUUAUGGACCCGUUUCACAAAUCAGAGAUUUUAGAGACUUUUUUUAAAAAGAGAACCUGUGAACAAAGCUGGAAGAGGCGAUCGCAUCGCAGGAGACAGACUUUUAGAAGAACAGAGACGAUAUUUAUGCCCCGCUGGAAAAGCGGACCGACGUACCUCCAUUCGCUCUCCAGGCUCACUCAUCUGCACGUUUUGUCGUCUUUGCUUUAACUUGACGUUUUGCUUUAAUCGGCUGGAUUUCUGAGCUUGCAAAUGUGAACUCCUUGGUUUCAUUCUUUUUAACUUGAAUGUAAAUUAUGAAGAUCCACAGCUCUCAAAACAGAUGAUGCUGAGAGUUUUAAGUGUUUUAAGAUUUUUUUUUUUCUUUUGCGUUCCCUCACAAUGAAUUAGCAAAACCACUCUGGUCUGUUUUACAGUCACAAAUGUCACAAAUUUAAAAUUGCACAUUUAAAGAAAACGUGUUUAUACCUUCUUAACUAUUUGGUGCAUAAAUCUGAUUGAAAAUCGAUUUAUUAACUGCAUGUUUACAUUUGUUUGUAUCUGAGAUGUGGCUGCACAUGGAAACAACCCUUUGUUAACAUUUCAGACGACAAACACAAAAAAAUCAAUCAAACCUGUCAGGUGUCUUUAAAAUAACUAAAUAGUUUAUAUCUUAGAAGGAAUGAAAAGAGAGCUUUUGUAUUUUACUCGUCUGUUUGUGGAGCAUUUCUAUCCUAAAAAAAGAUACAAACUUCAGAUAUUUCAAAAACGAGAUGCUAACGAGCAGAAACCUUAAAACAGCAGAAAGACUUUCAGUAUUCAGUUAUGCUGACUAGUAAAUUAUUGAGGGAACGCAAAAGAAAAAAAAAUCCAGUUUUCUAAUCGUUAAAACCUAAAAAGCACUGAUGAAUAUUUUCAAAAGGUGGAAAAAGAGAAAAUCUCCAGGAAUCCCUCGUGUCUGCGUAGCACGUCCCGUCCUGAAACUUUGCGUCACUUCGCCUCGUUGUGUCGCUGCUUCCUGCUCGUUCUGUAAAACCUGGAUUAAACUCGGUUUUAAUGAGCUGAAGAACAAAUGCCUCGCUGCCUCCUGUAGACGUAAAAACCUUCGAUUUACUGCAGGCGCUGUAAAAAAACAACACACACACACACACACACCAAAACCAACAGGACAGUGUUUACGUGGCGGCGUCUGUGUUUUGUUUGCAGUGUUUACUGGUUGUCUGCGAGUUACGAGCUGCAGAAGGUUCAGUUGUAAAUUUGUUUAUAAUGCAGCAUUAUUUUUUGCUGACGCAGCAUUUUUUUGUAGCUCUUCUCACUCAGACGAGGUGCAACAAAGACGGUCUGCCUGGCUUACAUCUCCCAAAAUACUUGUUUUGUAAAAUAUUUAAAGAAAACGCUUGAAGAUCUGUUUUGAAAGCAGAAGAUUUGUACAGAAAUGAUUUUUUUAGUUUUUAACUGGAAUCUCUUUUUCUCCCUCCGUCUCUGUUCUGUUUGCUUCCUGUAAUUUGUUUUUGCCACACAAAGACUUGAAAUGAUCACUGCUAAUAUAUAUAAGUAUAUAUAGAUACUCACAGCAGAUAUAUAAAUUUGUACAUAUAUAUUUUUGCUGUUCCUUUGCCAUAAUUUAAUGUAAACUGAGUCUGUAUAAAUGUGCAGAGAGGAUAUUUUUGAAUAUUUUUGUUGAAAGCUAAAGGAAUUAGUUUUGGUUCUUGACCUUUUUUUGACGUGUUCUCCCGUUUUGAUGCUUCGUUUGCUGCAACUUUGGAUCUUUGAGUGUAAUUGCUGCUGAGUUUUGGGAGGAUGUAGCAGAGUGUGUGUGUGUGUGUGUGUGUGUGUGUGUGUGUGUGUGUGUGUGUGUGUGUGUGUGUUGGGAUCAGAACAGGUCUUCUUUUUUAUUUCCUCGCUGCUCUCACGUUUCCAACACAACACUUGUGUAGUUGCAGUUCUGCUUUGAAGGCUCCUGCCUUCUUGAACGAGGAGAGUUCAUGCAAACUCCCGACACUGACAGGAGCUUUUUGUUGAACUGAAGAGAAAAAUCCUCGCUCUAAUUCCACAUUCAGCUAAACAUAAAACUUUCUACCUGCCUGCUCUCUCUGCUUGCCUGGAAGCUUUUAUUUUGGCCUUCACCUCUUGGUAUUUUGUCUUUAAUGUCACUUUGACGUUUUGCACAACUCCUUUACUUGUAUUCUUAAACUGAAAUCAGUGUUACAGAAAUUACAGAAUUUGUGCAAAGUUUUUCAGAUUUCUGUUGAAAGACAGAAAUAAUUAAAACAGUCGCUGUUAAAGUAUUGAUAAUAUUCUAAAAUAAAACAAUAAAUAAGUGAACUAGCUUUGCAAAAACAUGUGAAUCUUUACGUCUUGAUUUCCAAAGAGCCGCCAAAUUUUCCAAAUCCAGCUUGUUGCACUACAGAUAGGAUUAAAGUUCAAACGAAUAAA